AUUGCAUGUAACUCUCCUAGGAGGAAUAAAGAUGAUGAUAAUGAUUAUCGCGUGACUGUGCGAGAUCUGCGAGAUUUGAAGGCUCACGUGCAAGUGCUACGGACUUGAUUUCAUUCAUCUAUUUCAUCCACGUUGAUGAUGGCAUCCAGGAAGGACAUUGACCAAGGGUACGCCUGGGUGGCCUUGGCAUCGGCAGUCUCCAUUCAGCUUCUGGCAGGGUUGGUUGCUUUUUCAUCAGGAGUAAUAAACAUCGCAAUUAUGCAAGAGGUGGAGAACGACAUCACAAAAUCAUCAUGGAUUGGUUCAACUCUAAUUGGCUCUUAUACAAUACUCGGGCCAAUAGCUGGCAUGGUUCAACAUCGAUUUGGUUCUAAACUGACGGCAUUGUCCGGCGGUACACUAACACUAGUGGGAAUGACUUUGGCAUCGUUCUGUCAAACAAUAGUUGGACUAGUUAUCACAUAUGGAUUCAUGGCAGGGUUUGGGUUGUGCCUUGGUGCAAAUGUUGUUGGCGUCAUUCCUGGACAAUAUUUCGAGAAGAAGAGGCCAGCUGCCUACGGAUUGUGUAUGGUAGGAGGAGGGAUGGGUCUGUUUGUAGCUGGCCCACUUGCAAGGUUUCUGCUGGAUGAAUAUAAACUGCAUGGAACACUACUCAUCAUCGGUGCUAUUGCAUUCAACACGUGUAUUGCAGCAUCCCUCCUACGUAAACCACCUCUCUCCAUCAGAACUAUUGUAAUUGAGGAACAUCACGAAAACGAAUCAGUCAAGAAUACGCAUGCAAUGGAGGAAGGUGCAAUCCGUCCAAGAAAUCUACAUCCACUUUGCACUGAGGACGGUACCAACAUGAUGUCAUCUGAACACUUGGAAAAUUCUUAUGAUGAUCUAACGCAAACUCCUUUUCUCCAAAAAGCAGACUCUUCAAGCACACCAGUUGAAAAGCAAGCCUCAAAACAGUGUUGUGUUUACACGACAUCAUGUAGUAUGCUGAAGACGACUUGCAACAAAUCUUUCCUUCUCUAUAACACAACCAUCAUUUUCUGGUCGUUAGGUGACGCUGCGUGUAUAUUCCACUUACCAAAUUAUGCAGAGGUGAUGGGGAGUUCUCCAACAGCAGCCUCAAAUCUGUUAAGUGCGUUGGGUGCUGGGGGCGUGUUUGCGAGGUUCACUAUAGGACUUUUGGCCUCCGACUCCAGCAUAGAAUUUCCCAUGCUCCAAGUGGGUUUCGUUGGCAUUACUGGACUGAUCACAGCUCUGUUUCCGCUGAUGUCGAAUACAUACCACUGGCAAAUUGUUUUUAGUUUCUUUUACGGAGUUUACAGUCAUGGUACGAAUUCCCUAAUGGGUCCCUUCGCUAUAGAGCUGACGGGUUUGGCGACCGUUGCUGUUGGAUUUGGAGUGGUCUAUUUCUCAUGUGGAAUUGGAUACCUGCUCGGUCCUGUAAUCGCAAGUUUCAUUUACGAAGCUUCUGGGGUCUAUGAUUACACGUUCAUUUUCGCAGGUGUUUGUUUCCUAUUAAGUUCCAUAUCAACGGCAGCAAUAACUGUAUGUAGGAAGAGACGAGAAUUCUGAGCAAACUUUCAUUGUGUCUUCUUGAACAGUACGGAUCCUUUGUGACACGAAAGUGUGUUAAAUGCUAAUUCCUACAGUGUGUAUUCAACUCAUAGAAUCAAAGAAGUGCGUAUUGUAAUCUUUUGAUUGUUUGUUUUUGUUUUUUUGUUUUUGUUUUUGUUUUUUCUUUGGGGUGGUCCCUUCAAAAUAUUAUCUUAUAUUGUGUUCUGUGGGACAAAUGUUGCCAGUGUUAGUGUUACCAAUUCCUGAAGGUUAGGGUAACGCGUUCCAGGCUACCAGCAAUCUUUUUGAGAUUGAUCUGUCAUGCUCGUUGACAUGAUUGUGCAUGCCAUCGCAUCCGGACGGAUCCGGAGUUUGACAAUAUACGUAAUAACAGUCACUGUUUGGUCUGGUCCAAACCAAAAUAUUGACAGGCCGCUUUAAUAAAUCUGUAGUGAUUUUGUGUAUUCUUGUAACGUCAUGGUCGAGGUCAGAUCCAGUACUCCAAUAACGUUGCGACAUUGUGCGCUUAACACGGCCUUAAAAGCUACAACGACGUACACGUACACGAAUCUAAGCGUUUCUAUGUAUGUUUACGAUACAUACAUCGU